UCCACGGCCGAGGAGGAGAAGAGCAUCUCGGAGCAGCGGGAGGACCGCAAGCUGCAGGAGAUCGCUGGCAAAGACCUGACCAAGGUGGUGAGCCUGAAGGACAAGCUGGAGUUCGCCCCUCGGGCCGUGCUGAACAGGAACCGCCCGGAAAAGAGUUAA